AUGGGUGAAACUGAGCAGAGACCAACAGCAGGAUCCCGCUUAGGAGCUCAGGAAAAUGCUGGGAUCAGUACUUUGGAGCAUGGACAGAAGCCACCUGUGACACCUCCAGGAAAACUUGUCUCUAUCAAAAUUCAGAUGCUGGAUGACACACAAGAAACUUUUGACAUUCCGCAAAGAGCUCCAGGGAAGGUUUUGCAUGAUGCUGUUUGCAACCACCUGAACCUUGUUGAAGGCGACUAUUUUGGCCUUGAAUUUCCAGAUCAUAGAAAGAUGAUGGUGUGGCUCGAUCUUUUGAAGCCUGUUAUGAAACAGAUUAGAAGACCCAAGCACAUUGUUGUAAAAUUUGUGGUAAAAUUCUUCCCACCCGACCAUGCUCAGCUGCAGGAGGAACUGACAAGGUACCUAUUUGCAUUGCAAGUGAAGCAGGACCUGGCACAGGGAAGGCUAACAUGUAAUGAUACCAGCACUGCCCUCCUAAUCUCACAUAUAGUACAGUCUGAGAUUGGGGAUUUUGAUGAAACCAUAGAUCGUGAACACUUAGCGAAGAGCAAGUAUAUACCUCAUCAAGAAGCACUAGAAGACAAAAUCAUGGAAUUUCACCGUAACCACAUGGGACAGACACCAGCAGAGUCUGACUUCCAGCUCUUGGAGAUUGCCCGUCGGCUGGAGAUGUACGGGAUACGCUUGCAUCCAGCCAAGGACAGGGAGGGGACAAAAAUCAACCUGGCUGUUGCCAACACAGGCAUUCUGGUGUUUCAGGGUCACACCAAGAUCAAUGCCUUCAAUUGGGCUAAGGUUCGAAAGCUGAGCUUCAAGAGGAAACGUUUUCUCAUCAAACUACGGCCUGAUGUGAAUAGUUCAUUCCAGGACACCCUGGAAUUCCUUAUGGCCAGUCGAGAUUUUUGCAAGUCUUUCUGGAAGAUCUGUGUGGAGCAUCAUGCCUUUUUCAGGCUUUUUGAGGAACCUAAACCAAAGCCUAAACCUGUUCUUUUUUCUAGAGGUUCUUCAUUUAGGUUCAGUGGUCGGACUCAGAAGCAAGUUCUUGACUAUGUUAAAGAAGGAGGGCACAAAAAAGUGCAGUUUGAAAGGAAACACAGCAAGAUUCAUUCCAUCAGGAGUCUGACAGCACAACCUUCAGAACAGCAUACAGAGGUGCCAAAACAAGUCAGUGAUGUUGAUGAAACCCUAGCCUAUGGAGACACCAAUGAUGCUGCAGCAGUGCAGAGCUGCCGGCAAGGGAAGGAGUUGAAAUCUUCAACAGAAGACACUGGACAGCACAAGAGCCCUUCCUUGAAGAAGAGUCCAAAGGAAGGCAGAAAGGUGGAUGGAGCAGUGGUCUCAACAGUGGAGGAAGAAGAGGAGCCUGCUAAGGAUAGGAUGCAGCAGAACAGACCUCAGUCACAGCAGCCAAGCACAGGUUCUCUGACUGGCAGCCCUCACCUUUCAGAGCUUUCCAUCAAUUCCCAAGGAGGACCAUCAGUGGCAAAUAUGACUUUAUCUCCAAACUUGAGCCCUGAUGCCAAGCAGUCAUCUCCUUUGGUCAGCCCUUUGCUGAAUGACCCGUCAUGCAUCAGGGCUGAUGAUGAGGAAGAGGUCAAAAGAAAGAGGUUCCCAACUGAGAAAGCUUACUUCAUUGCUAAAGAAGUGGCGACCACGGAGCGAACGUACCUGAAGGACCUCGAAGUCAUCACAUCGUGGUUUCAGAGUGCAGUGAGUAAAGAGGAUUGCAUGCCUGAAACACUGAAAAAUCUAAUUUUCUCCAACUUCGAACCUUUGCACAAAUUUCACACUGGUUUUCUCAAGGAAAUUGAGCAGAGACUUGCUCUGUGGGAAGGCCGCUCUAAUGCUCACAUUAAAGGAGAUUACCAAAGAAUCGGAGAUGUUAUGCUGAAGAACAUUCAGGGUAUGAAGCAACUGACAGUUCACCUGCGAAAGCACAAUGAGAUUUUAAUGGAGCUGGAGAAUGGGAUCAAGAACUCCCGCAAGCUGGAGACGUUUUGCAGAGAUUUUGAACUACAGAAAGUCUGCUACUUGCCUCUCAAUACCUUCCUCCUCAGACCUUUACACAGGCUUAUGCAUUACAAGCAGAUAAUGGAGAGGCUUUGCAAGCACUACCAUCCAAGCAACAUAGACUUCAGGGAUUCAAGAGCUGCUUUGGCUGAGAUUUCUGAAAUGGUGGCUCAGCUCCAUGGCAAUAUGAUAAAGAUGGAGAACUUCCAGAAGCUGCAUGAACUGAAGAAAGACUUGAUAGGCAUGGACAAUCUGGUGAUCCCUGGAAGGGAGUUUAUCAGACUGGGCAGUCUUAGUAAGUUGUCUGGAAAAGGUUUACAGCAACGGAUGUUUUUUCUGUUUAAUGAUAUCCUGUUGUACACAAGUAGAGGCCUGACUGCAUCCAAUCAGUUUAAAGCCCAUGGGCAUCUUCCACUGUAUGGCAUGACAAUGGAGGAAAGUGAAGAGGAAUGGGGAGUUCCUCACUGUCUGACACUACGAGGUCAACACCAGUCCAUCGUUGUUGCUGCAAGUACCCGUGCUGAAAUGGACAAAUGGACUGAGGACAUCCAGAUGGCAAUAGACCUGGCAGAGAAAAGCAGUGGCCCUGCCCCAGAGUUGCUGGCAAGCAGCCCACCUGACAAUAAGUCUCCUGAUGAAACUACUGUAGACCAGGAAUCUGAGGACGACCUCAGUGCAUCCCGCACCUCACUUGAACGUCAGUCACCACACCGUGGCAACACUACGGUGCACGUCUGCUGGCACAGAAAUACCAGUGUUUCAAUGAUCGACUUUAGUAUUGCCGUGGAGAACCAGCUGUCUGGAAAUCUCCUAAGAAAAUUUAAAAAUAGCAACGGGUGGCAGAAGCUUUGGGUGGUGUUCACCAACUUCUGCAUGUUCUUCUAUAAAUCGCACCAGGACAAUCAUCCUCUAGCCAGCCUUCCUUUAUUGGGAUAUUCACUUACCCUUCCUUCUGAAUCUGAAAACAUUCACAAAGAUUAUGUGUUCAAGCUACAUUUCAAAUCCCAUGUGUACUACUUCAGGGCUGAAAGUGAAUACACCUUUGAAAGAUGGAUGGAAGUGAUCCGAAGUGCCACCAGCUCUGCCUCACGCACUCGAGCUCUGAGUCACAAAGAGCCUCACGCCUAUUGA